UGCCAACGUGGUUCCAAACCACCAAAAUUCCCCUUUUUGGCGCGAAGGGUUACAAAAACCUGUUCAGCCUGGCAGAACCAAGUAGCGCCCUGAUUUUGAGCUCCUACAUAACCACUGUUUCCUUAGCGAUCGUUGAACACAGAGCAGGAGGUGUGCCACCUCUGUCCUGCUUUCCGGGUUUCCCAGACCUUCCUGCUUUCUUAGUCUUGCCGGUCUGCUUCGCCAAAGAAUCUGGUGAAAAGGAAAGAUACAUCCAAAGGCUCGCAAAAGGAGGAGCCUGAAAACAGGACAAUCCGAUUUGCUGCAAUGGCAGACGAGGGCAAUGCCAUGCUGACAGAACAGGAAGCGGCGGUGUAUGACAGGCAAAUUCGGGUUUGGGGGGUGGAGGCACAAAAGAGGAUGAGCAAGUCCAACAUUCUAGUUGGGGGCGCCAUCACUGGCAUCAUUGCAGAGGCCCUGAAGAACAUCGUUCUGGCAGGAGUGGGGUCCGUGACAUUGGUCGACGACACGCCUGUUUCCGCCGAGUCGAUCGCCGCAACAUUCAUUCUCACACCUGACCUCAUAGAUUCUGGUGUGUCGAUGGGGGCAGCUUGCGCUGCGGCGCUUCAAGACUUCAAUCCAAUGGUGGCAGUACGGUCAGAAGAAGGAAAUAUUGUGGACAAGGCGCCAGAUUUCUACGACUUCUUCAGUGUGGUGCUACUGGGUCGGGCGCCACUUGACUUGCAAAAAAAGAUCAAUGGCAUUUGUCGAUCGCGGGGCCACAAGGUUGCCUUCUUCUCGGCGGACGUUCGUGGCGGCAUAGGACAGAUCUUCGUGGACCUCCAAACACACAACUACACGCCUUUUCCGAAGCCAGACACCACACCAGAGCCACAGACCGCUCAGUAUCCCAGCCUCGAGGAGGCCUUGUCGUUUUCUUGGAAGCCCCUGUUGGAGCAGAAGCGAAAAGAGAGGACGGACAGCCUUUUCUUUACCAUGCGCGUCUUGGAACGAUUCGAGCAGGCGGAGAAGCGGAGACCAGGGGCGGUCUCCGCAGCAGAUCUGCCUGGUCUGCUGAAGACACGGGACGACAUGGCCAAGUCGCAGGACGUUCUGCCGGAGAUGAUUCCGGACGAGCUGCUGGAGCGGCUCGCAGAUGCGGGGCCCGGGGAGUUGCCGGCGGUGUCGGCAAUUGUCGGCGGCAUUUUGGGACAGGAGAUCCUCAAGAGCGUGUCAAGUAAAGGAGCGCCCGUGGAGAACUUCUUUUUGUACAGCCUAACGAAGCACACAGGACUGAUCGAACGCGUUCCUCCGUUGAAGAAAAGCUGAUAGACUGGGCGUACUGCAGCAUGUUCUCGCGCAGAACCUUGUUGCGGUGUUUUGUGUUUCUUCGGUUGCUGCUUGAGGCAGCGUCGAGUUGCACCAGCGCGCAUGUGCCAUAUGGAGUGCCGAUCACGUUUCUCAGUUCUUGGUGCGGGG